AAUAGAAAAAAGAAGAAACCCAAAGAAGAAGAAUGAAGUUGUGAUUAAGAGAAGAGGCAGAGGGGAGAUAGAUCUUCCCACCUAUCUUUCACUCAUUCUGACACCGACACAUAUCGGUCCCCCUUCCCCUCUCUUCCUCUUAAACCCUAUCUCUUUCUCAACUAUGCCUUAAUCUCAACUUUAAUCUCUGUCCAUUACGCAUCAUUACCUCCUUCCUUUAUUGGGAAACUCCGACUUUUCGUGUAAUUGUACCCGAUUUGCAUUUCCUCGAGAACAAAUAAUAAUAAUUCAAAAUAACUUUCUCCGUCUUGUCGGUCACGUUUUUGUUCCUCGUAGCUAAAAAUCAGCUUUCUUGAACUCCGUAAAGGGAUUUGAAAGUGAUUUUGUGGAUUGUUUGGUCUUUGGGAAGGUGAAAGCUUGAGAUUAUGCAGAAGAAACGAGAGAUCUGUGAGUACAGAGAUAAAUUGGACAAGACCUUGUCUUCUCCUGUACUCACCAAUCACGACUCUCUCAAAUCUCUUCUCAGAAACCAGCUUAAAGAGUGUAAUGAGAAUACAUUGGAUAAAAGAACAGAUGAGGUAUCCAAGUUACUUAGCAAGCUUAGGAGUGUAUCCAUGACGGAUCAUCAUGAUGUUACUAAAUUAACCAACGAUGGUGACUGGAAAUUUUGUUUUUUUUUACAGUUAAAACAUGAUCUUGAAGAUUGCCGUGUUAUGUACCGUGAAGGGCUUGAUGGAAGUCCUUUUCACACUAUGCUUGUUGAAGGUUACAUGGAUGGGCCUAUCCACGAAUGUUUAUGUGUAUCUUGGGAAACAGCUCUCUACAAGAAAUGGUGGCCACAGUUUUCAUUUCCACCAUUCAGGAUCUUAAAAAGCACAUGCUUACAAAAGAUUGGAGUUGGUGAACAGAUUUGUUUAGCGAGGAUGAAGGUACCAUGGCCAUUGACGGACAGAGAGAUUAUUGUGCAUUACUUCUUUUUUGAAUACUUUAUAGAUGACUUAGCCGUCAUCCUUUUGAACUCGAUCUCUGAUUUAGAUGGCAUUGGAAUGUCCUCUAAGGACUUCGUUAUACCUGAAUCACCGGAUGCAGUAAGGAUCGAUCUCGUAGGCGGAUUUGUUUUACAAAAGGUUACUCCACAGAGGAGUUACUUCAGAACGAUAGGGGAGAUGGAUAUAAAGCUGGACUUGAUGCCUCCAUCUCUUAUUAACUUUAUAACUAGGCAGCUCAUUGGCAACGGUUUCAGACUCUAUAAAAAGUCAGUUGCUUCCGUAGCUAAAUUUGAUGAAGAUUAUAGCAGAGCUUUAGAUGAUCCUUUGUACACUAAGAUACGCCAAGCUCUGUAUUCAACUGAUAAAGCAAUCGAGGAAGGACCAAAGUUGGAAGCCACUGAAGUGAAUGGCAAUUCUCAGCCAAAGAAGGAUCAAAAGAAUCAUGGAGAUGCUACUGAAAACAAACCUGUCCAUUAUAGAAAAACUGUUACAGAGAUUGAGGAAGAAGAAGAUUAUGAGGAAAGCGUUUCUUCAGAGGAUGGAAACGAAAUUACCAAGACUGAUGUUUGUAUGAGAAGACGGUUUUGCGUCAGUCCAGAGGUAGAACAAGCGUUAGGGACACUAGAUAGAGUUAUAUACAUGGUUAGAAAUAUAACGCCUGUCCAAGAAGCCGAAGAAUUGUCACCUGAUAGAUCAGAGGACCAGGCAAAUCGAGUAAGUUUAUUAGAAAACAUUAUAAGUGUUCCUCAAAGAUCACAGAGGCAAGAUCACUCAACCUCAACGGUCACACAAGAAGAGACAAGUAAUGGUCAAGAAGAGGAUAGAGAGAAGGAGACAGGACAAGAGCAGGGGAUCGUAAAUAAAGGUAAGAGUUCGAGCUUGCAGAGAAAACGUAAAGCUCGUUGCUUUGCUUUCAGAUCCUGGCUCUGAAGGGGAACCCCAAUUCUUGCAAGAGUAUUUGUGACACGAAUACGAGAGAUAAAAAACUGGAUCGCUUUUUUACCUUUUUACUUGUAAGUCUAUUCUCAUUUGUAUGAUUCAUGCAAAAGUGUGUGCAUUCUUUUUUAUAAACUUGUUUCUUUCGAAAAAAUAACAAAAGAUCAUUAUUAUACGAA